AUGUUCGUCAUCAAGGCGACUCUGAAAGAUGAGACUAGACGUCUUACUUUCGACAGAUCAAAGUUCCCUCCUUACCCAGAGGUUCAACAGAAGCUUCGAAGCAUCUUCAACCUCCCUUCGACAGCUCACACUUACUGGGUGAAUGUCCUCCUAUUCCCAGAUGAUGCCCAAGAGGCGAGGAUCAUGUUCAAGAAGCAUGUGUGUGAUGCUGCCGAAUAUGAAUCAGCUCAAGCUCCCUUCACUCACAGUGGUCUACCAGCACCAGCAUUGGUAUUCACUGUUCUUCUCGCUUCCGACCCAAGAUUGAACAGCAUUCACGGUUACCACCGAGCCAACAGCCUGCUUACUUCCGCCGGGGAUUUGGCUAUUCACAUUUCGUCAGUCGAGGAAGAUCUCGCCAAGCGAGUUUCUCUCCUUACUGCUCUCGAAGAGAAACUGGCCUCGUGCCGAAGGGACAACGAUACCACCGGUGUGACUUUCUGGUCGGAUCGAGUGAACGAUAAGAAGAAAUCAGUCAAAGACCUCGAAUCGGAAUUACUCAACUGUCAACAAGAAUUCAACAAGAUGAACGAUCAACUUGACAGUGCGGCCCUCCCAGAUGGUUAUCCACCUCAAUCGCUGAGGGAUUAUGCUGAGUCUGAGGAAAGGGAAGAAGUGGGUCGAGCUCAACAAACUGAGGAUGAACUUGCUGCUUGGAAAGCAGGUAACGAGUAUGAGAAUGAUAAUCAGCUCUUCCCGCCUCUCGAUCAUCUCAUCCCACCGCACGGUCCAAGGUUCCGGGGCCAUCAUGGUCGACGAGGUUUCAGACCCCCGCCUCCACACUUCCAUGCCAGAGGAUGGGCACCGAUGCCUCCUCCACCACCACCAGCACAAUUCAGUGGAUUCGGCGCACAUGCACCUCGAUUUGAACCUCAACAAGGCGACCGAGGUAUCAGAAAUCUCUUUGACAGAGUCAGCGAUGUCCUCAAUCCACCUGUCCCUGCGGACGUUGUUCCAGUCAGAGAGAUCAAGACCAUGCUUGAUACUUUCCUGGUCAACUUGUCCAACCAACUUGCUACCACUUUCGAAGGUGCUCCUAGAGUAGCCACCACCGAUUCUACCAGCGAGACCGAACGUCCCAUCCCAGGUGCAUUCGUUCAACCUCAAGCUGAUGCUCAAACUCAGACUCAGCCAUUAAAGGAAGAAACUCAAGACGAGAGAAAGUCGAACGGUCGAUCUGCUCAGCUCUGUAAAGGCGGUUUCAGACAUCGCAGAAUCUGGUGUGAUGGAUGUGAGGAAGGUAUCAGAGGUGUCAGAUACAAAUGCGAGCAAUGCCCUGACUACGAUCUAUGUGGAUCAUGUCUUCCAUUACUCCAUUCUUCGGACCUUCACCCGUCCGCUCAUACUUUCAAGGCGAUGCUUCAUCGAGAUCUCGAAGAGAGGAUCAAACUCGAUGACGACGGUCGAGCUGAACAAUCCGUCAGACAUCCUGCAACUUGUGAUCUUUGCAGUCUUGCUAUCACAGGCAUACGAUGGAAAUGCCUCAACUGCCCGGAUUGGGACAGUUGCAAUCAUUGUGCUGCCACGAUUACCGAAACUCACCCUGGUCACUCAUUCGUCAAGCUCCACAAGUCAAGUGACUAUGUGCCCAAUACAUCGGUGGAGGAGAAGGAGAGUGUUUCUCACCCUCAUGUCAUCUGUGAUGGAUGCAACAGCUACAUCCGAGGAUCCCGAUACAAGUGCAUGCACCCCUCAUGCCCCGACUACGAUCUUUGCGAGGCAUGCGAAUCUUCUCCCCACGAGGUCCACCCAGUUGAUCAUCCUAUGUUGAAGAUGAAGUUACCUCUCAAAUUGAACUUCUCUUCUCACUUUGAACCUCCCAGCGAGUCCGAAUCAGAUCCUCGAAGACAUCGGCAUGGUCGACGAGGACAUGCGCAUGCUCAUGCUCACGAGAGAAGAGUGAACGGUGAUGCUUUCGGGCCUAGAAGAGCAGGCUGCUGGCGACAACACGAGAGUCCUGACGGAUCUCGAUUGGGUAGAAGAGUUCAUGUCAACUCUGCGACUUCCACCCCACAAGCUCAAGAUGAAGUACUGACUCCUUUGGUGCAAGAGAAGGAGAAUGAACCUGCCAUUCCUGGUGGAUUCGUCACUCGAAACCUCUACGAUGCUCAAGAGUCCGUUGGUAAUCUCUCUGCACCUCUGACUCCAGAUAACAAAGUCGAGCCUGAAUCCACCGAUUCUCCCGCUGCUCCAGCUGAGGCAGAGGUAGUUCCAGCUUUGACUAAAGCUGUGAAAGAUCUCGCUAUCCAAGAAUCGAACCAGUCCAGAACUUCGUCGGGAAUCUCGACUCCCAAGGAACCAGUUACUCCACUGGAUAUCUUUUCCUGGGUUCGACAUCUGACCAUCCCGCCUGGCUGCACGCUACCGCCUGGCGCCGAAUUUACCAAAUCGUGGAGAGUCAAGAAUUUCGCGUCUGGUCAAGAAUACGAUUUCGAGCGAGUUAAACUGGUGCUCAAAUCCGAAGGAGUGCUCGGCGAUGCUUCCAAAAAUGUUGAUGUGAAGUAUACGAGGGAAGAAGUGAAAGAUGGUGAUGAGUUGAUCAUUACCAUUCCAGGAUUGAGAGUCUCAGAGGAUGCCGAGAGGGGACAAGAGAUUGUUGAAUUCUGGAGAUUCGAAGAUGAGAAUGGAACUGCAUAUGGUCAACCAUUGAGAUUAAGAUUCACGGUAGAAGAAUUACCUAAAUCUACUGGUGAUUCAGGCUCGCUCUCGCUCAACUCUUCAGCUGUUAUUAUGCCUUCGACCUCUUCCUCUUCAGUUCUCACCCAAAUCCAACACAAAGGUGAAGAACCGGCCUCUUCCGCAUCUUCUACUAAUGGCGAUGUCGAAGCAGAAACGUUCACAGCUGAAGAAGGCGAAGACGGAAGUGUUAUUUCGUUAGGUACUGAGUCUGAUGAUGGAUCGUUGAUUGACGUCGAUGGUGUACCUACCGAAACUACCGCUUCGACAACUUCCAAAAUUACCAUGGAAGAUGAGGAUGAGGAAGAUGGGUUUGAGAUUGUAGAAGGAAGUGAAAGUGAAGAUGAUUUGACUGCUGAUGAGUUAUAA